GCCGCUCAACUGAGGGGCAGAGUGAGUGAGACACCAGGAGAGUAAGAAAGACAGGGUAGUCAGACAGACAUGUGAGUUUUAGCAAAAACAGCUUGAGCCGUGACUUUUUCUGCCGGGGAGGAAGGAAGGAAGGAAGGAAACCACCUGUGGAGAUGGAAAGUCCAACCACCCCACCGUACCUCAAUGCGAGCACAGAUGUGUUCAACUCUUCAUCAGAACCGACCAAAAAUGAGAAGGCUUUCAGCGAGGCGACGAUGAUUCUUCUGGGCAUGAUCAUGUCCUUGCUCAUCCUGUGUAUCGUUUUCGGCAACAUCCUCGUCAUAACGGCCAUCGCCCGCUUCCAGCGUCUCCAAAAUGUCACCAACUGCUUCAUCACCUCUCUGGCUUGUGCCGACCUGGUCAUGGGUCUGGUCGUGGUCCCCUUCGGUGCCUUUUAUAUCAUCUUCAAGACCUGGCACUUUGGUAGUUUUUGGUGCGAGUUUUGGACGGCGACCGAUGUUCUCUGUGUGACCGCCAGCAUCGAGACCUUGUGCGUCAUCGCUAUUGAUCGUUAUUUGGCCAUCACGUCGCCUUUCCGCUACCAGACCAUGCUGACAAAAUGCAAAGCUCGCAUCGUGGUGGUGCUGGUGUGGGUCAUCGCCGCCUUGAUCUCCUUCCUGCCCAUCCACAUGAAGUGGUGGAUCUCUGAUGACAAGGAAGCGAAGGAGUGCAUCGAGGAUAGCAACUGCUGCGAGUUCUACACCAACAUGGCUUAUGCCAUCACCUCCUCGAUCAUCUCCUUCUACAUCCCCUUGAUCAUCAUGGUAUUUGUCUACAGCCGUGUUUUCCAGGAGGCUAAACGCCAACUUAAAAAGAUCGACCAAAGCGUGGGACGAUUUCACAACAGCGACAACAUCAGAUCUUUGGAGGCCAACAACGGGCGUGGGCACAGGAAGGUGAAAUUUUGCCUGAGGGAACACAAAGCCCUAAAAACUUUGGGUAUCAUCAUGGGGAUCUUCACUCUGUCAUGGCUUCCCUUCUUUCUGCUCAACGUGGUGGUGGCCAUAUGGAAAGUUGAAGACAUUGACCUCACUUUUCGGAUUCUCAACUGGGUAGGUUACGCAAACUCAGCCUUCAAUCCGCUCAUUUACUGCCGGAGCCCCGAGUUUAGAUACGCCUUUAAGGAAAUCCUCUGCCUCAAAAGGAACCACGUCUCCAAAGCGGGGCCUGUCAAUGGAUACAUCUACAACAGACACAGCUGGCAGAGCGAGCAGCAGGGGCGGAGUAAAGGCAGCUCGGAAGACAGCGACGCCAACGAGGGCUGUCUGGAGAAAGCGGCGUCUGUCGGCAGCGUUGAGGAAAAAGCAGUGGACUCUAACGGGAACUGCAGCAAAGACCUCAUAGCUGUAUCAGCUGUACUUUAAACAAUGACACUUUUGCCGAGAGGGCAACCUUUAUGUUUACACUGCGGUCACGAACACGUUGACUUUAGCAGGUAAGACCAGUGCAGCAGCACAGUAGAGUCGCGGAAUGCAACAGUAUAUUUAUCACGUUACAAAAAUACUGUUGGCACAUUUUACUCAUUCAUUUUGUGCACGUCACAUCUACCUCACCGCAUCUUGAAUGUGCGCUUGCCUUUCGAUAACACCAUCGCACAGACGCUGCUCACUUUCAACACACAUGGAUCUCAAAGCCUCGAUGUGGUGGAGAUUCAUUAGAUUGGACUACAGAUUUGGUGGUGCUUCAUUUGAAUCGAUACAUUCCACAACAACGCAGUUAUUAUAUUCAAACACAAUAGCCGAACAACAUGUUGGGCGUCAUUCUUCUCAGCUGUAUUAUGAGGCCCCCGCUUGCCUGAUCUGCCUUUUACAGCCUCCUUCAUGGGAGGUUGUGUAGCAGAUAGCGCCACUGAUAAAUAACAGUUAUCUCGGUCUCACUGGCGCAAGCUGAACAACGCCUGGGGGUAUUUUCUGUCGGCUGAAUGAUAAAAGCCUGUGCUUUUGUUGAGCAAUUAACAAUUCCAUUAUCAGAAGGAGAGGCUCGAUGUAGGCUUUUUACCGAUAUCUGAUGUAUUAAUAAUACCCAGCACUUUAUUACUAAUACCGUUAUUGGCAGCAACUCAAAUAUAUGGACAAUUGUAACACUUUUUGUGAAAAUGCAUAAAAAUCAGGACAAUCGUUUGUUUUAUCACAGCCUUGAAGAUUCAGCUGAAAAAUGCCAAUUAAAUAAAAAAUCACUUUAACUCAAAAUGUUACAUUUACAUCACUAUAACUGUGUGUAUACAUUGUUUUGUUUUACCGAUAUUGGCAGUAGCUCUUCCAUCAAACUAAAACUAAAAUAAUAAUAAUAAUUUGUAUUUCUAUGUGAGAAAAUCAUAGUGCAAAGUAUGAAUCCCUGGAACUAAAAUAAUAUAAUUAAAAACUGAAAUGACAAUCAGUAAUACAAUCACAUCCACCAACGCUUAUUAUUAAGCUGCAGGUACGCCAGCUGUGAGUGACUCUGAGUGAUUCUUCCUGAGGUGUGAGAUUGGGUUAGAAGUAUUCAAGGAAGACACAUAACCCCCCCGUCCCCACCCCCCGUUUAUUGCAAAUGGCAUAUUUACAGUCCGAAGGUGAGAAAUACGUACAUGCUGAGCUAUCAAGCUUGUCAUCACUCAUGCGUCAAUAUCAUUGGAUGGUCCUAAUUACCAGCACUAAUAAGGACGGUCUUUCCAAGUCUUUCAGCACCAACUUGCAAGUGUUGUUCAUUGCAUUCAGCGCACUGGUUCAUUUGAAUGUAAAUGUUUGAAAGUACUGUUUACAAUAUGUGUAAAACACAAUAAUAAUGUGAGGGUGAGAAGUGUGUUUAGGACUUAUCGUAUUCAUGAAAAGAAGUGCACCUUUGUCACUUCAUCCUGAUGUUUCCCAGACAUUCCUUCCCCUUAAAUGGAUGUCAGUGCUAUCAUGAAAUAAUCCAGAGGAGUGUCAGCGCAGUAUCCCUGCCUUGGUGUGUCUGUCUAUCAGGAAGUGGCUCAAUCCAGCUGAGCCCAGCCCAUUAAACAAGAGUAAAUCCAUUAUCCCCAGUGCCUCCUCCCUUAAAACAACACUGUCAUACAAAGUUCUCAGUUUGAAUGUUGGCAUCCCUUAAAAGACCAACGUUAUAUUAGUCAUAUAUGGACAACUUUAUGGGGACUGAAUCUAACACUCCCGGGAUAAAUUGCGGACAGAACUUUGCUCAUGGGUAACAUGCUUUGAACACAAUCAGUGUUCGUGUCCUGUGUUUUGUGGACGUAGCCUUUCCUCCUGACCCGAUGACGCCAUCAAAACUGUGAACUUUGUAUCUCUAUGCACUGUAUGGCUCAGCACAGCACAGCACAGCACAGCGUAAGAAACCGACACGAGUAUACUGCCUUUAUACGUCAAUGUUUGUGAAGUGAAAAAAUAAGCUCUCCUAUCAUAUUUUCCCCCUCCCUGUUUUUCUUUUUCAUGGAUUUAUUGCAAAGUAAAUGAAAGGGUUGAAUGUCAUUAAAAGAAACACUCUCCAGAUGUAUUUUCGCUGUACAGCAGAAAACAGGAAGGACUUAUAGAUUCCUGACUUCCUUUUUAUUUAUUUACACACAAUUUUGUCUCUUAAUCUGUCACUGUGGAUUUCACUGUCACUUUUCAGUUUUGUACGGAACAUGGCUGCCAUGUCUGGGAUGGAUUUAUAAACUGAUUUAGUUGGCAUGGUAAAUCUGUGUCUGUGCUGAUGUGCCCUUGCUGUUUCUUUUCAAAAUAGUCAUCUGAUUAGUCCCAUUGAUGGGGGUUUUGAGCGAUACUGGUCCCUCCUGGCGGCCCCCACUCUUAUUUAUUAUUAUUAUUAUUAUUAUUAGUGGUUCUGGCAACACAGUAAUUCAAAAGAAAAGACGCCAUGACAACAUUCCAAUACUUAAUACAGUUAAGUGGCUGGGUUAUGGUUACAGGUAUGCUAAAUAUUAUUGGAUGUCUUGUGCCAAAAGAGGAGAUAUUAGUCCUCCAUUACAGUUAAAGUUAAACCACAUCAUAAAUGACUCAAGGGUAAUGCUGUCCAUAUGUACUUUAAUGAUUAUGUAAUUUUGCAUAUAGACAUUUGUGUUCCUGUUUGCAAAGACUGGGGGAAUGUGUGUCGAAUUGACGUGUCUGAUAAUUAAUAUUAAAUAUGCUUCAGCUAUUAUGUGAAAAGUGGUCUCUCUCGCAGCUGAAUGUUUACUCGAUGUCUUUCCUUCACGCACAAGUUUGUCGUGGGAAAUAAGUCUGUUGCAUCAUGUGGUGUCCUGUGAUAUAUUUAUGAACACCUGGAGUUGUUGUAUUGAAAUAAAUUAUUUACUUGUUGCAUGAA